AUGAGCUGCAGUGGCUACAGUGCGGACUCCGAGGCGACGCCGGACAUGCUGCCCACCAGCACAACCAAGGAGAGCAAGGCCAGCCUCGCGGGUAAGGCAGCGGGACCCGGGGCUGGAGCCGCCACUUUGGGCACGGGCACCGUAGCGGUGCGAGCCGGGGAGUGGGCAGAGCUGCGCGUGCAGGCAUGGGGGGCAGCAGGCAGCACGGUUCCCCCUGAAAGGGCAAUGUCUAGCCGGGUUUACGCCCUGCUGAGCACGCCCAACCGAGAAGUGAAGCCCAUAGUGUCCAGCACGCCACUGGUGGACUUCUUGAUGCAGCUGGAGGAUUACACCCCUACCAUCCCAGAUGUAGUGACUGGUUUUUACCUAAACUGUGCUGGCUUUGAAGCUUCAGACCCACGCAUAGUCCGGCUCAUCUCACUAGCUGCCCAGAAAUUCAUCUCAGAUAUUGCUAAUGAUGCCCUACAGCACUGCAAAAUGAAGGGCACAGCUUCUGGCAACUCCCAGAGCAAGAGCAAGGACCGCAAGUACACCCUAGAGGACUUGAUCCCUGCCCUCAGUGAAUAUGGCAUCAAUGUGAAGAAGCUGCACUACUUCACCUGA